GGGCGGAAGUCCUUGGGCUUGCGUGGUCGCCCUUUACUGAUGGUCGAAGAGGGGCGCGCGACGCUUAAGAUGAGCGGAGUCUCAGUAGCGCGUUCGCUAUCAUGGCGUCUGUGGUGCUGAGCGAAGCAGAGAAGGUGUACAUCAUUCACGGUGUCCAGGAGGACCUUCGGGUUGAUGGCCGUGGCUGUGAAGAUUAUAGAUGUAUUGAAGUGGAAACCGAUGUCGUAUCGAAUACAAGUGGAUCUGCUAGGGUAAAGCUUGGGCACACAGACAUUCUGGUUGGAGUCAAAGCAGAAAUGGGAGCACCAAAAUUGGAUAGACCAAAUGAAGGCUACCUGGAAUUCUUCGUUGAUUGUUCAGCAAAUGCCACCCCAGAAUUUGAAGGCCGUGGUGGAGAAGAACUCGGCACUGAAAUAGCCAAUACCCUUUACAGAAUAUUUAACAACGAGAGCAGUAUUGACUUGAAGUUGUUGUGUAUUAGUCCCAGAGAGCACUGCUGGGUGCUUUACGUUGAUGUCUUGUUACUGGAGUGUGGUGGCAACUUGUUUGAUGCCAUUUCUGUUGCAGUAAAAGCAGCAUUGUUUAAUACCAGGAUACCCAAAGUGCAUGUUUUGGAGGGUGAAGGAGGACGGGAAAUUGAGCUGUCUGAUGAUCCUUAUGACUGUAUUCGACUUAAUGUGGAUAAUGUCCCUUGCACUGUGACUUUAAGCAAGAUUGGCUAUAGACAUGUAGUGGAUGCCACUCUGCAGGAGGAAGCGUGUUCUUUGGCUAGCCUCCUCAUUUCUGUGACCAGCAAAAGUACUCUAACUUGUAUGAAGAAAAUUGGAAGAGGGAGCCUUGAUCCAGAAAGUAUAUUUGAGAUGAUGGAGACAGGAAAGAGGGUGGGCAAGUUAUUGCAUAGCUCCUUGCAAACAAUUUUAGAAAAAGAAGAAAGUCUUGGAACAACACGAAAAAAAGUUGGAUUCCUCGGAUGAAUGCUGCCAUUACAUCAGUAAAGUUGGAAAAAAAUCACCAAGGGGACGAUGCUGGUCACUUUGUUGGCAAGGAACACCAUCUGAUGCCAAAGUACAGAGACAUGUUGCUCCAGACAGGGAACUGCCUCCACACCCAACCGGAACUGCCGUCUGACCAAGAGCAGCUUUUCCAGGGCAGCUGUAGCCAUUUGCAGUAGUGGAAAUUUCCAUGUUUUGCUGCGCAGUUAUUGCCACGUUUUAUUUUGUCAUGUAUCCAGUAGAGCAUUAAAAGAAAACAUCUGUGGAACAUUUGUCCCAGAAACAUCUUAAUUGUUUUUACUCUGACUGUAACAUCAGAAAGUCUGAUGGAAUAAACCAGGCACUUCAAGACUUUGGGUAAAAAUAAGGAAUA